AGUUUCCCCGCGUCCUAGACCUAUCUCGUCAGCACCGCACGCUCGCGAAGAUUUACGACGCCAAAUUGAACGCAAUCGUCUUUCAAGGCAUAGUGCAGAAGAAAUUGAAACUCUCCGUAAACGUUUGGCUGAACUUGAAACGCGACAGAAGUCACAAGAAGAUUCACCCCGACAUGUCACGACGUCGGGAAAUGUUGUUGUCGAGGCGGAUUCUCCUAUAGCCCCCGAACUUACUGCGGAGCCACUCCCUCAGUUACGUGCAGCUUUCCGGUCACACUUUAUCGGUGCUCAAAUUUGUCUCAUUCCGAAAGAGUCGAUUACCAACAUCGUGCAAAAAGACGACGAGACUGUUAAAGACUACGUGGCUCGGUUCAACGACCGAAUUCAGAACAUGGAGCCCUGUCAUCCUGAAACCUUACUAGUAACUGCCAUUGCUGGAUUGAAACCCAACUCGAUGUUUCGUUGGACCCUGUGCCAGAAUAAGCCAGCUACAUUUCAAGAGUUUCUUGUACGAGCUCAACAGUUCAUUAUUGCCGAGGAAUCCAUGUCGGUCCCUAGUUUCGACUUCUCGGUGAAAGAAAACAAGGUUGAACCAGAUGCUAAAAAGAAAAACAAGAAGGGCUUUGGGAAAGCACAAUUUCGGAACUCCUCUAAAGGGUAUGAAAAUACUCCAGAGUCCCGGGCUGCCCGUGAUCAAUAUUCAGACAAUGUCAGGACAGGUUAUCAUGCCGUUUAUUCUGCUGGAGCGACCACCAUAUAUGAGGAACUGAAGGGAAAGGGAAUCAUCCCAGACCCGAGGCCUGUGAGAACUCCUGAAGACAAGUUGGAUAAAACUAGGUACUGUGCAUACCACAAGUCUCCAGGGCAUAAUACCGAUGAGU